CCUACACCACUAGCGUGCACACACAAUUGUGAAAGAAAGAAAAAAACACUUGUGAUCUUGUUCUUUCCAACUUACAAGAACAGCUAGAGAGAGCUUCAGAACUCUUGCCACAAUUCUCUAUAGGUCUUGCGUGUGUGUAGCUCCUUUGCAGCUACCUCUUUGACCAGCUAGCUUGCCUGCCAUCAUCAUGGGAAACUGCCUGGUGAUUCAAGACAGGAAGGAGAUCAAGAUCAUGAGCAUGGGCGGCGGCGGCGGCGAGGUCCUCAAGAUGCCAUCCCCGCCGGGCAGCUUGAGUAAGGCGGCCGACGAUGUCAUCGUCGACGCCGACGCUGCUGCAGCUGGCGCCGCUGCCGUCGUCAGGGUGAAGCUGGUGAUCAGCAAGCAGGAGCUGAAGAAGAUGCUCGACAGGGAGGGCGUGUCGCUGGACGACGUGGUGUCGUCUCUCGUGCUGCGCAAUCGAGAACUGGAGGAGGUCUGCUGCGGAGGGUGGCGGCCGGCGCUCGAGAGCAUACCGGAAGGCAGCGAUCUCUAGCAUGCACGUACGACAGCGCCUGGCAUCGGUCGUUCAGAUGUCUAGCUCUAGCUUGUGGAAGUCACUGGAUCAGUGACGGUCGUGCCUACACUACACUGGAGUACACAAGAUACUUUUUGGGAAUAAGCGUAAGCAAAACAUGUGUGUGCUGGGUAUAACAUUAUAUACACAUAUAUAUAGAGAGAAAGAUAGUAUUGGUAGGAGUUUUGAGAUAGGGAUUCUCUUCAUCUUUUCUUGCUGCCUACGUGUGCUUGUAAAGAAGAGGUAAAGAUGAUCCUGGAAAUCAAGCAAGUCCUUUAUGCAUGUA